AUGUCAUCAUCAACAUCAACAACAAACAACAACAACACAUCACACACAACCCUUUUAACACAAGCCAAAACAAAUCAAUACGAAGAUUUAAAGAAAUCACAACAAUAUUCAAAACUACUUCAAUCAUUACUAAAACAAUUCAUAGCAUCAAAUUCAAAUUCUUCUCCUAAUCUGAAUUUAUUAGAUAAAUUUCAAACUAUAUUACAAUUAGAUCAAAACAUUGAUAAUCAAUUAAAUAAUGAUAUUUCUUUUAAUUUUUAUGAAUUAAUUAAAAUUAAAAAGAAGUUGGAAAAAUUCAUCAAGAAUUGUGAGACUGAAAUAAAUAAAGUUAAUCAAACAAAAGUAAUUAAUGGAGAUCAUGAAAUAGAUGAUUUUAAUUUACAAAAAAGAUGUGAGUUUAUUGAUCAAGAUUUAAGAGUUUUGGAAUAUACUUUAAAAUUAAUUGAUGAACAGAGAUCUUCAAGCGGUAACAGAGUAACAGAGAAUACUUCAACUUAUCGAUAG